UUUACCACGUUUUACUGAUAUAUAUAAUAUUGAAUUACGAAAUCCAUUUGCAUGAUAGAAUCAUGCUUAACCCUUGCAGAGCUCCUGCUAGACUUAAUGUAGCUCCUUCAGCCAUUUUGUCAGCCAUGUUGCUCGCGAUGUUACCAGCCAUACCGUCAGCCAUCUCAUCAACCAUACCAAGAGUGACGCGAUCAUCUGGUCCAACAGCCAGGCGAUCAGCCAUUCUACCCGCCAUGUUGAAUAUUGUUCUGACAGCAAUUUUGAUUUCGAGUGCAAAAACCACCGCGCAAAGUAUUGCUAUCACGAGGGAGAACGAUGCGGUCUCUUAUCACGGAUACAAACUUUACCGGGCCAGCGUAUUUCCAGGCCAGCUGCCGAUCGUUGACUCGCUGGACGGCGCCGAUGGCGUCGAGAUCUGGAAUUGGUUGUACAAACCCGAUAAUUUUACGUAUGAGAUGGACGUGCUCUCCGCCCCUGAGAGGGACAAACAGGUCAAGGAGGUUUUCGAUGACGUACAGCUUAAAUAUGAUGUCGUUAUUGACGACCUGCAGAAAGAGAUUGAGACUGAAAACGUCAACGAGGGCUUCCUUCUCGACAACAGGAAUGGGCACCCCAUGUCGUGGGAGUCCUAUCACAGUUUUGAAGACAUGGAAACCUACAUGUACUACUUAGAACAGACGUAUCCAGACUACGUAACGGUCCUAAACAUCGGUUCAUCUUUCGAAGGCCGAGAUUUGCUUGUCGUCAAAGUUUCCACCUCAGAUUCUGGCAACACCUCUCGGCCCGCCAUCUGGGUCGACGGAGGCAUGCACGCGAGAGAAUGGGUGUCUCCGGCGGUAGUAAGCUACCUACUGCAGCGUCUGGUGGAGAUACCAGACAACUAUACCAGUAUUGUGGACGCCUUCGAUUGGUACAUCAUGCCCAUGGUCAACCCUGAUGGGUACGAGUACUCUCGCACGCACGACAGACUGUGGCGCAAGACUCGCUCAAAGCAUCACGACAGUCCAUGCUUCGGUGCCGACCUCAACAGGAAUUUCGGCUACAUGUGGAACUCAGGAGGUUCAUCGGGUGACCCCUGCAGCGACAUCUUCAGGGGCGUGAAGCCCUUCUCGGAGCCUGAAUCCCGCGCCCUUAGAGAUUUCCUGCUUCUGCACCGUGACCAGCUGAAGGUGUACGUGUCGAUCCACGCCUACAAGCAGCUGUGGAUGUACCCGUGGGGAUAUCAUCACGGCAGGAUGGCUGACCUGCUCUACGUCAUCUCAGGCUCCUCUAAUGACUACGCUCACGGCCACCUCGGCAUCCCGUACUCCUUCGCCCUCGAGCUUAGGGAUCGAG